UGUAAAAAUCUAAAUCCUCUCUCUCCCCUUCACAAACGUCCAACACCUCAUUCGCUUCAUUCUCUCUUUUUUCCCUCUUCUCUUCACGCAACGGCGCCGACAACGGGAGUCGAACACAAACGAUAGCGAUGAGAACACCAACGACCGUCAACUUGUACCUCCAAAAUUCUCUUCUCGUCCUCUUUCCAACGCCCAAGUUAGUUUCAUCAAAUUCGAAGCCGAAUUUCCUUAAUUUCAAAUCUAAGAAACAGUAACCGGGGGUUUUCCGGCCAAUUUACGGUCAAGCUUGCCGGAAUUGAACUUGACCCAAGAGGUAAAGAUGAUCCUCUCCUCGUGGGCUAUCCCUCAAUAUUGGGGACGAGGAAGGUGAAUCAAGGUUGUUUGUGACCUGGGCCGAGAAGAAUGGAAGUUUUUGUAGGUCUUAGUUGCUAGAAGAGGCGAGGAAGAGCGUGCCGAAAAGUGGGAAGGUGAUGCAUUUUGUUCAGGCGUUUGAGAAGUUGCUUUCGAUUCCGAGCUCGAAGGAUUCGGAUGAGCAGAAUGGGGAGGAGGAAGCGGCGGAAGAGAUUGGGAAGAAGGUGGUGAAGUGGGCAUUACCCGGAUUGCAACCUCAGCCUAAGGCGUCGGAAACACAGGUCUCAUCUUAUUCGUUUUUCUCGUCGGACUUGUUCUUGACGUCAGAUAAUCUUGGUCUGGAUUGGCGAACUUUAGUCUCUUCUUCUUGGGAUGGAAGUCUGGGAAGUGUCUCAAACAGGACUUUGAAUUUUGAGGGGGGUGCAAAGGAGCCGAAGAAAUAGCUCUGAAUCUUCUAGCACAAUCGGAUAAGGGAGAUGGAAGAAGAAGAAGCAACAGAGAGACACUAGCGCUAAGCCAUUCAAGCUAAGAAUAGUGGUAAAGUGUUAGAUCCCACAUCGCCCAAGUGUGAGAAUCCUGUAAGCCUUAUAUGUACAUUCCCAUCUCUACUUAGCACGAGGCCUUUUGAGAGCUCACUGGCUUCGAGUUUCGUAGGAACUCCGAAGUUAAGCGAGUUCACGCGAGAGCAAUCCCAGGAUGGGUGACCCACUGGGAAUUUCUCGUGUGAGUUCCCAGAAACAAAACCUUGAGGGCGUGGUCGGGGCCUAAAGCAAACAAUAUCGUGUUAUAGCGGAGUCGAGCCUAAGAUGUGGUGGGGGCCCAGGCCGGAUGUGAUAAUUUGGUAUCAGAGCCAAUCUCUGGGCGGAAAUGUGCUGACGAGGACGUUGGGCCCCUAAGGAGGUGUAUUGUAAGAUGGGUGACCUACUGGGAAGUUCUCGUGUGAGUUCCUAGAAACAAAACCGUAAGGGCGUGGUCGGGGCCCAAAGUGAAUAAUAUCGUGCUAUGGUGGAGUCGAGCCGGGAUGUGGUGGGGUUCGAGCGGGGAUGUGACAUAAACUGUGCUGAAAAUGAAUGGAAAGGGGAAGAGUUCACGAAGAAGCUACAAGAGAUGAUGAUGGAGGAGGAUAGACAGCGGAAACCAAUUGCUCAGGGCCUCCCAUGGACAACUGACGAACUAGAAUGCUUACUGAAACCUCCGGUAAAAGAAAUAACAAUACCAACAGACCUGAAGCUCCACAGUGACAUGCGGGCAAUAGAGCGAGCAGAGUUUGACCAUCAGGUGGCAGAGAAGAUGAGCCUGUUGAGCAAAAUAAGAUGGAAAGAGAAAGACCGCUGAAGGUAAAGAGUUAUUGCACUUGAGCAAUUCAGUUAUUGAGAUGAUUAAGCUCUUGGAAACAAAGGGUUCGAAGACUUUUUAAAGUUUGGUUCCAACAUUUGUACAAAAUUGUAUAAAAUAUCAGUUAUGCAAAUUUAUAGUUGUAUUCUUACAUUUUAAUGAUAUUACAAUUUGUUUUCUCACCAAAAACAAAAAAAGAAAUAUGAUACUCCAAUUUGGGUGCCCACACAGGGCAUCCUUUUUUUUAAAACACAAUUUGCAACUUUGCCACCAAUGUGAAUUAGGGUGGCAAUGUUUGCAGAUGCCACCAAUGUAAUAAGGGUUUCCGUUGUUACAAUAAAGUCCUCUACAUAGGCCAUGUUCUCUUA